AUGCUCUCCGAAUCAUUUAUCGCGUCGACCUUGGCUUCCGCGAAAACUCCGACUGCCACAUUGCGCGAUGUAGGGAUAUGUGUACAGGAACUCCAGCCCUCUCCUCAGCUGCGAUCGACAUUCAAGAAGAGCUCCACUUCGACCAAUUGCUUGGCUGUGACUCCGUCGCACAUUUUCGCCGCUCAAGCGGACAAGGCCGUGGUUCAUGUCUACAGUCGCGAAAAGGGAAAUCAAGAGGCAUUAGUACCUUUUCCGGAGCGAAUUCGCAGCAUUGCGGUCGCGGACGCCAAGUAUGGCGAUGUGCUUAUUCUGGGAACCGAGGGUGGUCGGUUGAUUCUGUGGGAGACAUGCACAGGACGUCAAUUGGCAACAACUGCAUCACAUCUCCAGCCUGUCACGUCGAUUGUCGUGGACCCAACCUCUAAUUUCAUCCUUUCUGGCUCCGACGACGCGAGCAUCCAUGUGUGGUCGAUCCCCAACAUCUUGUCUUUCUCCAAACCCGCCCAUGGUGGACGAGACCGUCAUCCGGCCAAUGCCCCCAUACGUACAUUCUCGAACCACCGUGCUGGCAUUACCUCAUUGGCGGUAGGACACAGCUCGGGUCGACACAACAUUGCCGUGUCAACGGCCAAAGACAACACGGCGAUUGCCUGGGACUACCAAACCGGACAGGUCCUUCGAACAUAUCUUCUUCCCUUCUCCGCGACAUGCGUGGCUUUAGACCCCGUCGACCGGGCGUUCUACGUUGGCUACGAGGACGGAAGCGCUCAAUCAGUAGACCUCUACCGAAGCCAAUCAAGUCAACAUCCUCUGCAUGAUGCCUCGCUCCAGGCAACACCGGCGCAAGUUUCGGCCGAAGACCGUUGGCUACCUCCUGCGGCCGACUCUGGUACAGUGAAGGCUCUCACUCUUUCCUAUGAUGGCACAAUCCUUUUGUCCGCUCAUGAAAGCGGCAAAGUGCUCUCGUGGAAUAUUGCACGACGGAAGUUUACGGCCAGCGUUGCCGACUAUACUCACCCCGUCACCAACCUGAUCAUGCUCUCUCCCAGUGGCUUAUUGUCAUCAUCACAAGAGCUGAAACGAGUGACCCAUACCAUCGUCAAGCCACGCAUUGACAACUCUUUUGCCGACCCAGCACAUGCCCCUGGUGCAGUUCCGGCCGAAUACAAGUUCCACACACAUGUCGUCACAUCUUCUGCCCAGUCACGAAAGCCCUCCCCGUUCUCUCAGGCACUUACUCACGCCUUCUUCCCCGAGUCAAUGAUCGAGGAAGGUCUGGCUGAACUUGCCGCGUUGCAAUCACCCGACGCUCUCAACCCAGUACGGGUUGUCGCGGGUACUGCUUCUACGGACCACUUAGCGCCUACGCCCAUGGAAGAGGACAGCCGGGUCGCAGACCUUGAGCGAGAGCUUGCCACGCUCCAGAAAAAGGUCGCGCUCAAUGACACUGCGCGCCAGGCGAAUGUCAGCGAGGUGGUGCAGCUGCGGUCUACCGUGACCCAGUUGCAGGACUACAUCAAUGAGCUCCACGAGAAACAAGAGGCGGCUCAGGCGGAUCGAGUGAAGCGGCAAGCAAGGAAAGAAGAGCGCGAGACCAAGCGUCGUCAAGCGUGGCUUGCCGCGGAGAAGAAAGGGCGCAACGGGGACGCGGCGAUGAAGAAGAUGGAGAUUGAGGAGGAUGUGUUGACGAGUGAAUCUGAUGAUCAAAGCGAUGAAUGA